CUUCACUCCUAUUAAAUCCUAUUUCCUCUCUUUAUCCACAGAGAGAAGAAAUGGGUUCUCUAUGUUGUAAUCUUCCCCUUCCAAGUUCAUAUCUUCUGCAAUCGGAUUUUCCUCAACGACUAAAGAAUCACGUACUUCCCGGCCUGAGUAAGCAGUGGAGAUUCCAUAGGUCGCAGAGAGCUUCAAGAGUUAUUGCUUUCUACGGCUUGAAGAGACCUCCAUACAAGCUUGAUGCUUUAGAACCGUAUAUGAGCCAAAGGACGCUGGAGAUGCAUUGGGGAGAACACCAUCGUGGUUAUUUGGAAGGUUUGAAUAAGCAUCUCGAGAACAAUAACAUACUAUAUGGCCACACUUUGGAUGAACUUGUCAAAGUAACCUACAACAAUGGAAACCCAAUGCCUGAAUUCAACAAUGCUGCCCAGGUCUGGAAUCAUGACUUUUUUUGGGAAUCCAUGCAACCAGGAGGAGGAGACAUGCCCAAACUCGGUGUUCUCCAGCAGAUCGAGAAAGAUUUUGGUUCCUUUGAAAAUUUUAGAGAGAAGUUUAUUGAAACAGCCCUUACAGUGUUUGGCUCUGGCUGGGUCUGGCUUGUUUUGAAGAGAGAAGAGAGACGGCUUGAGGUUACUAAAACAUCAAAUGCUGUUAAUCCUCUUGUGUGGGAUGACCUACCCAUCAUCAGUUUGGAUAUGUGGGAGCAUUCUUAUUAUCUGGAUUACCAGAAUGAUAGAGGCAAAUACGUGAACGUGUUUAUGGACCACCUUGUGUCGUGGAAUUCGGCAAUGGCACGCAUGAUUCGAGCAGAGUCCUUUGUCAGCUUGGGCGAACCUACCAUUCCAAUCGCUUAAACUGCAUUUAAAGCCUAAUCCCUGACUCCAGUAUCAGGUUACUUUACUGGAUUGCUGGAUGGAGUAUCAAUGAGACAGUUACCUCGAGCGUAGAGUUUCGAUUCUCUUACCUUCAGUUCGAUUUUGUAUUUCUGUUGUAUCGUAUUCGUCAACGUUUUGGUCCAAAAUGAGAUGACUGGAAGGGGGUCGGAAAGGGUCAGCUUCCAUACACCACAUUCUGCAGCACUUUUGGUAGUUGAUAGAAGGGCAAACGGGUCUAGGGUGCAAUUUUGCUUCAGAUGGUAAGCCCGCCAUUGGUAGAUUUUUCGAAUGACUAAUUGUUGUAUAAUUUCUGGUCAGAAUUUGUAACUAUUAGCACUAAUUUUUUAGCAUCUUAAUUUUCCUUCUCUUCUUAUGAAUCUUCUUGUCUUUGGAUAGUGGACACUGGACAGACAUUUCAGACAAUGGAAAGCAUGCUAGUCUUUGUUUUUAUAUAGGGAAUGCAUGACUCUUU